UUAUUAAGUUAAAAAUAUUUUUGUUCUUAAUUUUAAUGCAUUUCAAUAUAAUAUUGCAAACGCAUAAAUGAAUUACAAAUCUAAACUUUUUAAUUACUUGUUUAUUGAAGAUUUCAUUUCAAACAACAAAUUAUUUUUAUAAAUCAUCUACUUAUUUAUUUUUGCUUACUAUAAACUGGCAAUAGAAACUUCUAAAAAACUAUGGGUAAACAUGUUUAAAAAUAUAAAUAACUGUAUCCACAAGUAUGUCAUUUUUAUUUUCUACUUUGCUGGCAUUAUUAUUGUUUUCAAUAAUGCAACUUAAUAGUAAAUGGUUAACAUCUAGCUCAGCACACGUAAUUGGAACAGGUUUUCUUGGAUCAAUUCUAUUUACUCUUUCUUUAACUUCUGUGAGCAAUUUAAUGACUAUUCUUCUGGGAGAUGGAUAUCAAAUAAGCCUAUUUCCUGAAAUUUCACUUUCGUUAUUAUUUACAUUUAUAACAUGUGCGUCAAUACACAGAGUUUGUGCUACUACUAGCCUGUUAUUUUCCUUAUUGGCAUUAUAUAAUAUUCAUAGUAUUUCUCAAAAGACUUAUAAUUCAACUUCUAUUUUUAAACAGUCAGUAGUACAAGGAAAAAAAAAGAAACAUUAAGUUGUAAGAUUUUUACUUAAAUUUUUAUAAAACAUAAUAUUCUAUAAAAUUAAAUUAAUAAAUCAUGUGUACUUUUUUUUUUUUUAAUUUUACCUAUAUUUAUAAAAUAUUAAAUGUAAAGUGUUCAAUUAUUUAAAAUUAAUAUUUUUUGUACCUAUUAAAAAAAUUGAAUUUAUCAUUUAAUUGAUAAUGAUAAUAAAUUUCAAAUAGACAUUUA